GCCCUUACAGCUAUGUAUACGUGGUAUAUAGAGCUAGAUGAGGGUAUUAGUGAGUUCUUAUGCCUUUCCACUAUGUAUAGAUGUGUACUUCUUUGGUUAUUGUGAAACUUCCUCUUUCACGUCUUAGUAUACGAAUCACUGGUGCCGUAAAGAACAAUGACCACUGCCAAGUCAGAAACUGUGCUUAGUGCCAGGGAAAGACUACUGGAAAAAGGCUCUCGUGCAUCAAUUGGCUCAGAAUAUGGAACUGCCGAGAUAAUAGCACGGGAUAUGAGUUGGGGCUCGAUAAGGACUCAAAGUUGGGAACCAUGUGCCAGUGUAAGUGAUGCACUGCCAACUCCGGUGCAUUUGGAUUUAAAAGCACUCCGCAAAGAACUGGGGAGGAGACCACCUGGUCCCAAGACAAGCGCACCUUUGAUUAAACGAUGUCCACAGCAUCUCCAAUACAUGCUGAGCCCCAUCACUUCAUCUUCCGCGAGCUGUUCAACGAGAAGAACGAUAAGAGAACUCUACCGUGAGGACAUACCUAAAGCUCCUUUGCUCGUGCAUACGAAACAGAGAAGGUUUAAGACGAGAAAGAGCCUCCCACUGAAUCAGAUUGAAAGUGUCAAGAGCAUAUUGUUCUACCUGGGACUACGUCGUGCGUUUUUAGUAUGGAGGACGAGGAUCAUCAUGACGUGCUCAACGUACAAUUACAUCAAUAAUAGCACGGCAUGCGAAACCCAGGUGUACAACCAUUUGAAGAACACUAGGAAUUUCUCCAAAUGGAGGGAAUGUUUCCAAUCACUCUCGUACCACGAUAUCGUCAAGGAUAACAGGCCCAACGCUUGUGAGUUCUUGGAGUACGUUUCACCAAAGAAUCUGAGGUACAGAGACUUUGAGAGGAUUUCUAAAGAGAAAGCACAGCUCUACAGAAACAAGAUGGCUGCAAGGCUAUAUGAAUCGCAUCAGAGGAAACUGGAGAGACAAUUGAGGUUUAAACAAGUGUGGGAAACCACCGUGGGCUACAUUGCUCAUUGGUUUAAAGAGUCACUGUGGCUAUAGUCCGAUUUCUGAUUCCAGUGUUGUGAGGCUGAAACAUCAAACGCUCGCAUGGACAAAUCUGGACUCCUGUCCCAUGUGCACCGACAAACUCUACAAUAAAGUAAACAAAGCAAGAGAAGAUACUUGGAAAUUCUCCUUAAAACAGUGUAAUUAUAUCAUCG